UGGAUGCCGACACAAAAAGGGGUAGGGUGUGGCCCGACCGUGGAUCGAUAGACAGGCCAAAUGGAAGGAAAAAUUGAUGAGGCUCGAAACAAAAGAGGGUCUCUCGAGCGGCAUGUGCUUCUCAACAACAUCGAGGGCCCUGCCCGGACAAUGUUCUGCCGAGCGCAGGAUCCGCAGAUUGCUGGUGACAAGCAGCAACAGGCCGGCUAG